GAAUUAUUAUUUUCCAAGCAACGAUGCAGUUUGUUUGAUUUUGACUUUCACAAGUAAAGUUAGUUUCGUUUGUUACCUGAUUCCUGAUAGCAUCAAGGCAGUAUUCAUGUAGAACUUCGCCGUCGCCGUUAUAAUUAUAGUGUUUGUCAAUGUGACGGAGCUUGUCAUUGAGUGUUGAUAUCCGAAUCGGCAUACGAGCAGGCUACCCACAUUAUCAUCAUUUUCUUGUUUUGCUUAUUGAAUACGUUGCCUGAUUGAUUACCCCGCUACAUCCUCUGGCCAUGUCAGAAUAUCGCGCAAAGUAUAAGCGCCUCAAGGCGAAGCUCAAAUACUUGGUUUAUGAACAAGAAUGUUUUGUGGAGGAAAUGAGAAAAACUCAGCGGAAACUGGUGCGAGUAUCAAGAGAUAAAAGCUUUCUGCUUGAUCGCUUGAUAAAGUACGAGACUGUACCACCAUCUUCCUCUGAUGACGAAGCAACGGCUUCUUCCUCGUCAGAUGAUGAGCUUCAUGAAAUGAAGCUUACCCACCCGAAAGCAAAGAAACGUUCCAAUGACGACCCAGUUGGUGCUCCAUCAGCAAAGAUGGCUGCACUAGGAGGCGGAGAGGUUGCAUAUUCCGACGGAGGUCUGCAUGGCAGUUCUGAAGAGAAAAUGUAUGCGUCGCCGUUAAAAGCACCGAUAUCCAGCAUGAACUCCACUAUACACGACGGUAUCCCAUCCUCUCGUGUGAAGAAGAUGUCCAUGUCUGAGGUACCGGAGUCUAGUCAUCACCGCACUAUUGAGCACGAAACUGCAAUUCUAUCACCCACAGAGGUGCGCAGAUCAAGUUCAACCACCUCUGCAGCCAUUGCAGCAGCAAUAGCACCACCGCCAGCAGCAGCACCCAUCGCACCCAUUGAACGGACUGCAUCGACCAGCUCCAGUGAGAGUUCAUCUUCGUCCGGUUCUAGCACCAGCAGUGAAUCAUAUUCACCUCCUCCGCCGCCACUGCCUAUGGAUGAAGACUCGAGCAGCAUUGCACAAUCUCAUCAGGCCUCUCAUCAUCAACAACAGCAUCAGCUUCAUCAUCACCAUCCUGCUUCUGCUGCUGCUGCUGUGGCUGCUGCCAGAGCAACUGGUCAUGAACAUCCUGCUGAUGCAGUUACGCACAGCUCUAAGACCAUCUCUGCUACCACCAAUCGCUUUCCUCCCGUAGCAACGGCUGUUCUGCCUGCUGAGCGGUUUUCGUCUACGUCCAGUGUUGGCGCCACAUCGGCUGCUUUACCAACUACCACGCGUGUACAAUUACCGUCUCAUCCAGUGUCAUCUUUGGGUGGACAACACCGUCCCGCUGUAUCCAAGAAGACGUUUCAUGUCGGUGCCCAUCCACCAGCAAAACAGUCAAGUGCACCGUCCAGUUCGGCUGUGUCCGGUUCAGGUGCUGGUGCAUCUGCUAGUGCACCCAGUGCUGGUGCAUCACAGUGCAAGUAUAUGCUUGAUGAGACUCGCCAAUGCACGGAGUCUGUGAAUAUGAAGUCCAAGUCUCCGUUCUGCACACACCAUCGUAGCAUCAUUAGGAAGAAAGGUCAAGCCCAGCAAGCUUACAAUGCCAAUGCCGCAAGAAAACUGCCACGCGCGGAGUCCAGUACAGCUGUGGCCCACGGCCACAUUCCCGCUUCGUUUGCUGCACACUCGGUGUCAUAUCCUGGGUCUGGCUUGCCUUCUGGUUCACAUGGUUCUCAUUGACCUGGAAAGAAAUCCAGAGAACUAGUCGAAACAAGCUGUCGUAUGUGACUCUGUAGGGUGGUUCUGCUGUUCAGCAAGUCUCUCUCUCUCUCUUUCUUUCUCUCUAUCUCUAUCUCUCUCUCUCUCUCUCUCUCUCUCUCUCUCUCUCUCUCUCUCUCUCUCUCUCUCUCUCUCUCUCUCUCUCUCUCUCUCUCUCUCUCUCUCUCUCUCUCUCUCUCUCUCUCUCUCUCUCUCUCUCUCUCUCUCUCUCUCUCUCUCUCUCUCUCUCUCUCUGUGAAAUUGUCCUGAACCCAGUCCAUGUGUUCUUCUUCUUCUUCUUCUUCUUCUUCUUCUUCUUCUUCUUCUUCUUCUUCUUCUUCUUCUUCUUCUUCUUCUUCUUCUUCUUCUUCUUCUUCUUCUUCUUCUUCUUCUUCUUCUUCUUCUUCUUCUUCUUCUUCUUCUUCUUCUUCUUCUUAAGUAUGCUACUGAUGGGAUGCCUGAAGAUUGUAUUUUUGCUAGCAUCUCUUUGUACAUAUUGGGUGUGAAUGUGUAAGUGUUAGCUAGUUCAUCGCACUGCACCGCUCCUAUUCUGUAUUAUAGUGCAAAGUACAUUUUAUUCGAUAUUCUACUUUAUUCACAUUGCACACUUCCUGUGAUCUUCCAGUUUCUGCAGCCCCUCUGUGCUGCUGUACAUAAUGUUCCUGUCUGCUAUAUAUAUCACUGCCACCACCAUAUUUGCUCUGUACCCAUAUAUAGCGCUGUGUACAUUGUGUUCUAGUGCAGUACAAUGUCAUGCAGUUAUGUCCAGUGUAGGUCUACCCGCUUAAAUUUGUUUUGUGCUGCUGGUUUGCUGGUCUUUUGGUCUCCGGCACCACGGUGAAUGUAAAGUUAAUUAGAAA